AAACCCUCAUAUAAAGAUGAUUUUUAUGCAGACGGAGGAAAGCUUUUUUGUUGGUUUUGUCAAACCACUGUGAAUCAUGAUCAAAAAUCAGUUAUUGAUAAACAUUUGAUAUCUUCUAACUAUCAAUCAAAAAAAACCUUUGCACUUAAUGUUCAGAAUCCUCAAAAAACUCCUGUUCAACGUGCAAUUAUCACUUUUCAUAAGCCUUAUGAUAAGAAAGAACAAUUUGUUCUUGAUUUUAUUAAAAUAUUAGCCGAGGCUGAUAUAUCUUUUGAAAAAAUUUA